AUGACGAGUAUUCUGCAUUCGGUGACGCGGUACUAUGCGCAGCAACCUGUGAAGUAUCUCUCCGUACGUCAUUUCCUCUUUACAUUGGCAUUAACACCAGAAAAAGCUCGUCCACGCGGCCUUUGUGCCUUGCCCUUGGAGGUAAUUAUCGAGAUCAUGAAGGAGCUGGAAUGGAGGGAUCUUCUGCGUAUUCGUCAAACUUGUAAGAGUCUGUGCGACGCGUCGAAGGCGCGACCGGUAUGGCUCAACCUUUUCAAGCCGUGUCCAGAACGCCCUCUCUUUCCCCUCCAAGCGGAAGGUCCACUAGAGAAUUACAGCUCAUCUCGACUGGAAUACAUGAUACUCCGAUGGAAACGUGCAGAACGAAGCUAUGCAAUGAAUGGCGAAGACGUCGACGUACAGGGGAUUGAGAUUGCACUCGACGAAGACCAGGCUGUUGUGGCUAUGCACCUCGUGAAAGGUGGCCGCUGGCUGCUCCUCGUCUUGUACAAUGGCUCGAUACAAUGCUGUGAUCUUGAAGGCAAAAAUCCCAGCCCCAAGGCUCUCAUCCCACAUCCCUUCGACUCCGAUAACACGACCGCCGGUGUCCAUUUUUCAUUCGACAUGGUUUCGACCACGCCGACUCUCACAUUCAACAUUGCACUGGGAUUUCGUGAUGGGCUGUCGGAUGACGCUAUCAACUUCCUUCAAGUUUGGCAAGUCUCCGUCAUUCUCGAUGAGCAGGGCAAUGGCAUGGAUCUCCGAACGUGCCUUCUCUCCUCCUUUGUUCAAAAAAUUGGCGGCAGCGUACACGCUAUCGCGAUAUCUGGGCCGCAUCUUGCUUAUGCGUUUGUACCCCGGGGCCAAACCCUUCCAAGAUUCAUAUUUGUUGUCGAUUGGUCGUCUGUGAAUGGGAAGAUGACACAGUUUCCUCAACGAAUAGCCCCCGUCGAAUUCAUUCCGGAUAGACUGUCUUUCCUUCCAGACCAUAAGCUGCUCUCGAUCUCUUUCCAGAAAUUCUCCCUCCUCGAUUGGCGCUCUCUCGAAGAAGCAAGUAUUUCUUUGACGAGCGCUUUAGCUCCGGUAGUGUUUUUGUGGACGCACAGGAUGAAUUACUGGAGGAAAUCUUUCUUUCCCCAUUUCUGUGCCGACAGUACGCGAUUUGUCUUUGAAAGUGAGAGGUUUUUGCAUGGUCUUAUCAUCGAGCAUGCCACCGCUGAAGGCAAUCCCGUGAAAGAGCCAUAUAUUGUUGAGUUAAUGGAGUAUCCGGAGGAAUGGCUCCAAACCACUGCCCCUCGUCGGCUCCUUGGGCAUAAUUACGGGUUUGGUUUGGCUGGUCACCCUGGACUGACUAUUCUUCGUUAUUCUUGGCCUGGUGAACAGCACAUAGAGUUCCCGUCCAUAUCUUUCCCUGGGACAUCUGUGAAGAGGUUCGAUGUUCGUAAUUGGCAAGGCGCUCCUCCCUGCGUUGAUCUUGGGACUGGGCGUGUAGUUUUUGUGGGUAGUUUUCGUGGUCGUCUACUGGUCUUGGAUAUCACUUGCUAG